AUGAAUUCUAGUACAAUCUUAUUAUCAUUCUUGUUAUGUAUGUUUAAUGCAUCAGAAUCAUUAUUCGUUGGGAUAGCGAAUUUAAAACAAGAAACGAAACCAAAUUCGGCUAAAAUCGUAUUCUUGGUGGAAUUAUUUAAGAUGAUUAUAUCAAUGAUUUUGUUUUCAAUCGAAUUGGGAUGCUUUUCAAGGGGAAUGACGUAUGAGACAUCCCCGUCCCGAUUUAGAAAAUCAAAAUCAAUAAUCAAUCUAACCCCGUUCUUUCAAUCUUUAAAAUCCGCUUUCGCGAAUGAGGCGACUUUAUUGUUUGGCAUACCUGCGAUGGCUUAUUUCAUCAAUAAUAAUCUCAUCUUCAUCAUCCUAUCCUUAAUGAAUCCUCCUACCUUUACCAUACUAAGUAAUUUAAAAAUUCUCACCACUGGAUUAUUCUCUUAUGUCUUUUUAAAUAGAAUUUUAAGUACGACCCAAUGGGUAUCAUUGAUCUUAUUAUUCUUUGGUACGACGAUAGCUCAGGUUCAAUUCUCUACCGAAGGGGAAUUCGAAUUUACCUCGUCAUCACUCGGAUUUCCAUUGAUCAUAAUCUUUUCAUCAAUAUCGGCCGGUGCUUCGGUUUAUACUGAAUAUGUGAUGAAAGAUAAAUUAGGUCAUGAAUCCAUCCACUUACAAAAUGUUAAAUUAUACUUAUUUGGGGUAUUAUUAAAUGGUUCGGUUUACUUCACUCAUUCAUUUCCAACUGAUGAAGGUUUCUUCACUACCUUAUACCCAAUUCAUUAUGCCAUAGUCAUAACCGCUUGCUCCCUUGGUUUAAUUACGAGUGCUAUCAUCAAGUAUAGUGGUAGUAUAACCAAGGUUUACGCGAGUAGUUUGGCAAUGUUCUUUAGUAGUUUUGUUUGUUACUUUACUUUGGAAUUCCUUCCUACCAUCAACUUUUUCUUGGGUGGUUUGAUCUGUCUAUUGGCUGUAAAUUUGUAUAGUAUCAGCGGUUUAGAUGAUCAUAAUUUGAGAAUGAAUAAAAGUGGUUUAAGAAAUGAGGAUCUAGAAGAAUCAAACUUUGAGAAAAAGAUGUUGAUAAAAAAUGUAUGA